CUCAUCACCAUUGCUGCUUUCGCCAUGGGCGCUGCAGCUGCAGCUUCGGCACGCAAGCGUGCCAUAGAAGCAAUACCCAAAAGCCGCGAGUCACAGCUCGCAGGAGCUUGGGAAGAUAAAAUCUUGGAUGGGUCGAUGGCCAUUGGCGCGACCGGAAGCAUCGACACGUCUACUCCUCGCUUCCACCGAAGCCUGUGAAGGUGAAGGUGGCAGAUUGUGCUCCUGGCUACGCCAAGAUGACAGCAGCUGCUGAAUGGUUUGUGCAGGAUGAUAUGCCAACGAUCUACUACAUUAGUGAACAUCCCUUGGAUGCGGAGCUGCCAAAGUGGGAACGCGUCAAACCGCAAAACCCGCCCUGCUCUCCCAAGCUGAUCGUGCCACCUGCAGAGAUUCCCACCUCGACGCUGUACUUCACAGCCCGGACAGGCUUCAAAGGUGCUCCUACCCUCGAGAUCAGGUCAGAAGACCUGCAACUGGCGCAAACUGCCAACUGGAUCCCGCCUGAGGAAAUCUCCAUGAGAAAAAUGGAGCACCGAAUGGCUCGCUUUGCUCUUCCUGGUCAACCUAAUGAGCUUGCCUGAAGCGGACGCCCCUCCGGCUUCCAGUCGGCUUCCACUGUGAAUAUGUUUGAAAUUAGACAAAACCGGAGAGAACCGCUUUCUUGCAAGCGGCGUGAACACUGAAGGCAACUCCAGUUCCAGAAAGGUUUUGAGAGUUGUUUGUAGUCUUUACAUGUCUUUACUGCAUGUGUUCUGGAGACUACAUACGCUCUUGCAUACCAUUUUCUGUUCUGCAAGUCACACGUCAAGAGAGUUUUUUUUUGGGUGUGAUUCACACCAUGCAUUGAUUGCCC